GUGGUGGUUUCUGCAGAGUGGAUGACAGUUUCAUGUUAGAAGAGACCAUUUCAUCGCAGGUUUGAAUUAUUACUCAAGAUGACGAUGGAAACAUCUUUCCUGUCUGUGCUGGCAUUGACCUCACUGCUGUUCUGCUCAACAUACCAAGUUCAUCUGACUGUGAGUCCCAGCAGCUCUCAGUAUUUCCAAGGAAAGUCUGUGUCUCUGAGUUGUGAGGAGGAAAACAGCUCUGCUGGAUGGACUGUGUGGCGAAACACAACCAUAAGAAGGUCUAAGUGUGGAGAUGGAUGGGGGGAAAUAAAGGGUUCUGUUUGUGUCAUCAAUUAUAUUUUGAAAAAGGAUACUGGUGUGUACUGGUGUGGGUCCAUCAAUGGAUCCUCCAGCAGCAUAAACGUCACUGUUGGUGGAUCAGUGAUCCUGCAGAGUCCUGUCCUCCCUGUGAUGGAGGGAGAUGACGUCACUCUGAGCUGCAGAGCAAGGAAUCCAACCCACAACCUCCCAGCUGCUUUCUUUAAAGAUGGCGUCUUCAUCGGCAACGAGUCUUCAGGCAACCUGAUCCUCCUCCAUGUUUCCAGCUCUGAUGAAGGCCUCUAUAAAUGUAACAUCAGAGGUCAUGGAGAGUCUCCAUCCAGCAGGAUCUCUGUCAAAGAUAAACCUCCAGCCACCUCCAAAGCUCCACCUCCUACAUCAAGCCCUCUUCAGCUUCUGCUCACUGUUUUCCGACACCUGAUGGUCUUCUGUCCUUACUUCAUCUCCACUUUCCUCCUGGUGUCUAUUUGUCGAAACAAAUGGCCAGCUUCCAACAAGGUCUGUGGGGGACAGUCUGUACAGGAACUGGAAGAGAGAGUUGAAGACGUUACCAAACAGCAUCACCUGUAAUCUAAAAUAAAAUCAUUGUUAGGGAUUUUAUACAUUUUACCAUUUAUUUACUGAUAUAUCUGCUGUUUUUAUACUUCUGCAAUAUGUGAUUUCCUGUUAAGGUUUCCAGACAAUGUGCAGAUACUUUCACAGCUGUCUACAAAAAUAGGUAACAUCCUAUGUGAAUCUAAGCUGUCUUAAAGAGUUACCAUAUAUGGAAUGCAUUUUCCUGUACUUGCCUGUGUUGUUGAAUUAUAAUUAUGACGACAUUCUUAUGCUUAGAAGUGAAUAAAUAUUGAUGGCUGCAAUCUCCUGCUGGAGAAGCAAAGUCUGACAGGAUUCUUCCCUUUCUGCAAACAAGCCUUUGUGUCCUUGUGAUCAUUGCAGAGUUUAUUUAAACCAUAGACCUAAAAAUAAUGCCUCUGUCACACUUUGUCUACUUGUAAUAUAAGUUUUUCUCAUUCAGUAAACCUUUAAAGUUUUAUGUCUGAGGAUUCUUUUACGUUAUUGUAUAUCACUCAUUAUUCUAGUUAUCAAACAGUGCAGUGUGGUUAAGUAAUUAUUCAAAGUAGAUUAAAAAGUUUUUAUCCAAGAGAAAUCCAGUAGAUUGCAUCAAGUCAUUGACUUGCAGAAAGGCCUGUUACAAUAAAAAAUGUUUCUGGGUGCUUAAUUGUCUCAGAUUAUUGCGAUAAAUGAUAAUAUUGUUUGACGACCAUUUUACAGUGAUGUAAUGGUAACACAAUAAUGCAAACACAUCCUGCCAAAAAUAAAUACACUUUAUUUUCAAAAGAACAUUUAACACUGGAACUGAUAAACAAA